AUGCGCUGGGCGGCUUACUUCGCGGCUGCCGCUGCGGCUGCGGCAACCGUCGUCGAGGCUUCGACAUUAACUCCCCCCGUGCUACCCUUGAUUGUUCGAAAUCCCUACUUGAGUACCUGGCUUGGAAAUGCGAGGGAUGUACCAUGGAGUCGUUGGCCAAUGUUUUGGACCGGCCAGGAAGUUGGAUUCUCCGUCCUUGCUUCAGUGCCAAAAUCCGAUACUGUAUACCCUCUGCUAGGUAGACCUCAAGACUCGCUCCCUACUGAGGGAGAAAGCUUCACAGUUGCCUACCCAACUUAUUUAGGCGCAACCUUUGAUGCCUCGACAACGAAUCUCACAUAUCACAUACCCGGGCCAAAAGCCUUUCAAGAACCGGUCGAGGUCGUUCUAUCAUUCCUGUCCCCGAUCACACCGACGUCAACACUUCGACAAGCGGUUCCCGCAUCUUAUUUGACGGUACAUGUUCGAGGAUCGUUUGAUAUCGAUGUGUACAUUGAUGUCAAUGGACUGUGGGUUAGUGCCAAUAGAGACAAUACGAUUGUGUGGGACCUUUUGCAAAGCGUACAUUCUGCAACGGGAAAGGGUCCGCUCCUGAAAACCUGGAAGGUUAAGAGAGAGACCGAGCAAUUGUUGACGGAGGAUGCCGACCGCGCAGAAUGGGGCACAUUGCACUUCACCGGCCCAGCAGAUGUCCAGCAUGAAGCUGGAACGUCGUCCCUUCUCCGACAGAGGUUCUCCCGGACAGGGACAUUGGACAAUGUUGUUGAUGGAAAGUUCAGACCUAUCAUGGAUGAGGAACCCGUUUUCGCCUUCUCGAAGUCUUUCAAGCUCAAUGGCACCUCUGCAGCAGGCGGAAAGGCUUAUGAUAGUGUACUCUUCACAUUGGCACAUACUCAAGAUCCAGUUAUCCAAUUUGCCUCAGCGAGAGGGAUGACCUUGAUGAGACCGUUGUGGGCAGCAUAUUACCCGGCAGUCGAAUUACUACUCGACUAUCACUACCACGACUUCGCGGACGCUUUUGUGCUCGCCAAUAAUUACUCACAGCAGCUUGAAGAGGACGCUCUGAAGUCAGGAUCUGAAGAUUACAAAGAUAUCCUCGCUCUCAGUGCACGACAGGUUCUGGGUGCAACUAGUUUCGCGGGCACCCCCGAUGAACCGCUUAUUUUCUUUAAGGAGAUCUCGUCGGACGGCAACAUGAAUACUGUCGAUGUCAUCUAUCCAGCUUUCCCAUUCUUUUUGUAUACGAACCCCAGGUGGUUGGCAUACCUUCUCCAGCCACUCAUUGAGCACCAGCUCAGUGGUCAAUACCCGAAUGACUAUAGCAUGCAUGAUCUUGGUUCCAGUUUCCCAAAUGCCACGGGGCAUCCUGAUGGUAGGGAUGAGUAUAUGCCGGUGGAAGAAUGUGGCAAUAUGCUCAUUCUGGGGCUUGCUCUUAUUAACUCGUUGAAGUAUGACACUGAGCCCGCUAGUAUCUGGUCCCAAGCCGGGGAGAAUUUAGUAGUCGAGACUGCGUAUGGCGGAUCGUUCCCUCUCUACCUAGACGCCCAAGGUAUGGAUGAUACCUUCGGCGGACCGGUCAAUGCGAAGGGUGAAAAACAAGCUCGGAAAUGGAUUGAAAAAUCCUAUAGUCUGUGGCAAAAAUGGACCGGGUACCUUAUUCGUGAAGCUCUUAUCCCAGCCAACCAACUAUCUACAGAUGACUUUGCCGGCUGGCUGGCGAACCAAACGAACCUUGCCUUAAAAGGCAUCAUUGGUAUUCGAGCAAUGAGCGAAAUCUCCGAGUUGGUUGGAGAAAAGGAAGAUGCAAAAUACUAUCGUGAGGUGUCAGAAACUUACAUCCAGAGAUGGCAAGAUGAAUUUGCUAUUUCGAGAGAUGGUACACACGCAAAGCUGGCCUACACCUGGUAUGGAUCCUGGACAACGCUAUACAACUUGUUCGCGGACUCGUUGCUUUGUUUCCAUCUUCCAUCAGGCUCGCCACAGAGCCUGGACAUAUUGAACCAGAAGCCUCUCCAACUGAACCAGCCGAAAGGGUCAAAGACUGCUUUUGUGGAUGAGAAGAUAUACAAGUCGCAAAGCGACUGGUAUCAUAUUGUCCGCCAAAGGUAUGGCCUGCCACUUGAUAGCCGGAGUCUACAAACCAAGAGUGAUUGGGAGUUCUUUGCUGUCGCAGUUGCCAGCAAAAGUGUCAGGGAAGAGGUCGUGGAGUCAAUUGCAUUGUGGGUGAACGAGACAUCAACUGACUCGCCACUUACGGACUUGUACAAUACAGAGGGUGAUGGAGGCUUUCCUGGGAUUGCAUUUAAAGCUAGACCUGUUGUUGGAGGGCACUUUGCCUUCUUGGCUCUGGAGAGAGCCUGUGGAGGCCAGGCUUAUGCUGGAUUGAGCUUCUUGGAUGGCGAGGAGGGCGAGGAGCCAGGGCGCACAGGGAGUGGAAGAACUGAUGGUGAAUUGUAG